UUUCUACUACGUGAUGCCGUCGGAACCGUAGCUGGCGGAACGUCCUUCGCGACCAGAGAUCCCGCUGGAUCUCCGAAAAUGAACAUCUCCAUCACGACGAGCCGCCUUCACGGUCGCCGAUUCGGCACGCGCGGUGGCCACAGGCGGGAUGUUCUUACCACGCGGAACUUCUCCUGUGAGAUUUACGUGCGACCAGAAGACUCACGUUUCUAACUGCUAGAGAUACCUAAUACGGCCGAGCGUUUCUAAGCGCCCAGAGUCGCACUGACUGCAGGUAUAAAAUCUACGUGUGGGGAAGAGUAGAACCCAUCCUUCGUUCUCCCCUUCGUCGCAGGACUGGUUCCUCCUUGUGUUUCUUGCCUGGGCUUUACUUUCUGCAUUCGCUGUUCCUCAACCCCUUUCGUUUGACACGUCUUUCUUUCGUUCUUUAAAUUUACGACUGUCGCCAUGUUCUUCAACGGCAUCGCUGGUCUCGUCGCACUCGCAUGCGUAGUGUCGGCUCGCCCCCUGCCCAUGCUCGCCAAGCGCGAGGUUCCUCAAGAGCACAGUCAUGAGAAGUUCUUGACGUCAGUGGGCAAUAGCCUGAACUUGAACAACCCAGACGAGAUUGUCGACCCAGUCUUUGCGCUGCUCGGCAAUGAUGCUGCACAGCAAGGCUUGGGCAAGAUCCAGGACCCAGACUGCUUGCAACAGGCGGUCGCUGACCAGGCCUUCACGAACGCGAAGGCUGCGGGAGACUUGCAGGGCCAGGUCGAUGCUCUGAUCUUCCGUGCCCUCGAGCGCAACUCCGGAUCCGUUGGCGCGACUACCAAUGCCUGCACAUCCAUCCAGGCUGUUAACCCCGAGAUCGCCGCCAUCCAACAGCACCAAGACCCAGCGUCUGACAACGCUGCCGAGGUGAACAAGAAUAUCGUCUUGGCGCUCGCUCAGCAGAUCGCUUCUAUCGGCGGCAACCCUCUUGAUGCGCUUCAAUCUGGUACUUUUGCGCCAGGCCAGAUUGGCGACCCGACUGCGAAGGGCAACACCUGCGACGACGCGAACGACUCCACCGGCUGUAUCUUCACUCAGAACCUCUUGGUCGAGGACGCCUCUGAGGAUGAGAUUAACCAGGCUGUUUCCAGCAUCGUUUCUUCGAACUCGAGUAGCAACAACUCGAAUAUCAACAAUUCGAGCGUUGACGGCUCGAACGUUGAUUUCUCAAACGGUGACAACUCCAACUUUGACAACUCUAACUUCAACGACGUAUCGGAUGAAUCGCUUGACCAGCUGCUGUCCAACGACGGAUUGAACCUCGAUGGCAUUGACUUAAACUCACUGUUGAACUCUGGUCUGGACGAGGAACAGCUGGAAGGGGAGCUCUUGGACUCUGGGUUGGACAUGAACUCUCUCGAGAACGAUAUCUCUGAAAUCGACUUUGAGGAGGUAGACGAGGAGUCAGAGUCAGAGAUUGUUGAGCUGGAGAACAUUGGGAUUUGAGUAGCCUUUUUCUCCUCGGACUCACGGACACUUGCGCUUCUACUUUUUCUGUUCUUUUCUGUUUCUGUUUCUGUUUUGAUGAGGGACUGC